AUGGUUAUGGUGGAUAGGCUCACUAAAUAUGUUCAUUUCAUAGGACUGUCUCAUCCUUAUUCUGCUACUAAGGUGGCUGCCUUGUUUGCCCAGAAUGUAUUGAAAUUAUAUGGGAUGCCUACUUUUAUUGUGUCUGACAGAGACCCUAUCUUCACUGCCAAGUUUUGGUAUUUGAGAUCCUUUUCUGCUAAUAGACCUACUGAGUGGUUAGAUUGGUUGUACCUAGCUGAAUUUUUUUCAACACCAAUUAUCAUUCAGAAUUUGGUGACUGCCCAAACCAGGAUGAAGCAACAGUAUGAUAUCCAUAGGUCUGAGAAGGAAUUCGGUGUGGGUGAUUGGGUCUUUCUCAGGUUACAACCCUACAAGCAACAGUCAGUGGCCUAUAGGGUUUCUCAUAAGCUCUCUCCCAUGUUUUUUGGGCCUUUUCAGAUCCUUGAAAGAAUUGGUGAAGUAGCUUACAAGUUGGACUUGCCUGCUGGUUCUGCAAUACAUCCAGUGUUUCAUGUGUCCUGUUUGAAGACUAAGCUGGGCAAGCAUAAUGUGUCUAUGUCCUUGUUGCCGUCAGUGAACUCUCAAGGCUUCUUGUCACUUGAACCAGUAGCUGUUCUUUAA